AUGUCUUUGCCUAGUCCAAACACAGUGCCUAGUCCUCCUAGAUUCACCAGAAGUAGUGCAACCAUGUCUUCGCCUGGUGCAAAUAGAGUGCCUAGUCCUACCAGACCCACUACUAACCUGUCUCAGCAAUCUACUCCCACAAACAGUGUUAACCAAACAGUUCCCACGGACAACUCGCCAGAUGGACAAAGCUCUAGGCAAAGCAAUGACAUCAAUGAGUUGGCUAAGCAAUUUGAUGCUACUAAUUCAGAGGGUCAUACAACUGAAGGAGAACCAGUCCAUGACUCAGUUCCAGCACCCCAAAAGAAUGUCCACAAGAAAACCAUGGGUCAUGGCUUAGAGAAGAUGAUUAAUAGAGGAAAGAAGCUGGCUAUCGAGGUGGCUGAAGGGAAGAAAAGACCUGAGGUCCCACUUCAAGCCGCGAAGCUAGCAUUAGAAUGUGGUGUUGCCCUUAGAGACAACCUGCCUAUCUACACAUCUUGGAAAGACUAUGAUAAUGAGUAG